CUGUGCUUUUCUCAAACAAAGACAGCGGCAGCGUGAUUAGCCGGGAGUAAGGGAGCAGGGCACUCGGGAGAUGCUAGCUAGUAAUUCGUUUUACUUUUAAUUCGUGGUUAUUUUGCUUUUUGACAUUGCGAGUAUGUCAGCUUAAAUAACGAGAAUCGUUUUGGAGCUCGGCUAAGCACGAUUCCGCCCGAAGUCUCAUGUUCGGACCUGCACGCCAUGCCUAGUCCUAUAUUCCACCCGGAGUUUAUGGAUCGUGAGAUGCUGGUGAGCGGCCAGCGCGCAGGACUCAGCCUCACCGGGGAAAUUGAAUUGGAGCCAGCGGACGAACAACAUCAGGAAGCGCUGCGAAUCGCCUUCGACCAGCUAUCGCUCAUGGAAAAGGCGAAUUGUGGCGUCGGAGGCCUCGGCGAUUCCCUUGACGCCGCGGGCUCCGUUUCCGAGGUUUGUAAUAACGUAGGAGGAGGAUAUGUCGGUUUGGCGAUACUGGAGCCUGCCGACGGUGGUUCGCUUGGAUCCCCGACUUCCUGCUCUCCUUCCCCGGAAUACUACGGCCCUGGUGGAUACCACAUGGCCGGCUCGCAUAGUCAGCCCAUGGAGCCUAACUGCAGCAGAAAGAGGAGCGUUAAUAUGACUGAAUGUGUACCCGUGCCGAGCUCGGAACAUGUUGCCGAAAUUGUCGGGAGACAAGGCUGCAAGAUCAAGGCCCUACGUGCAAAGACCAACACAUACAUUAAGACCCCAGUUCGAGGAGAACCACCUGUGUUCAUCGUGACAGGGCGCCGGGAAGAUGUCGAGAUGGCCAAAUGCGAGAUUCUGUCUGCGGCCGAACAUUUCUCUAUGAUUCGCGCAUCCCGCUGCAAGGCAGGAUCUCCGGGGGCGGGGGGGACUCUGUCGGGACCCCCCAACCUGCCAGGGCAAAUCACCAUCCAGGUGCGGGUGCCGUAUCGCGUGGUGGGACUGGUGGUGGGCCCCAAGGGGGCCACUAUCAAGCGCAUCCAGCAGCAGACGCAAACCUACAUAGUUACACCGAGUCGGGAGAAGGACCCGGUGUUUGAGGUGACGGGCAUGCCCGAGAAUGUGGAGAGGGCCCGGGAGGAGAUCGAGACGCACAUCACACUGCGCACCGGGGCCUUCAUCAACCUGCAGGGCGACACCGACUUCCACAGCAACGGCACCGAUGUCAGUCUGGAGGGCCUCGGAUCUUUGGGCCUCGGUGCCCCGCUGUGGUCCAAGUCUAGGCACCUGCCCACGUCGGCCGCCGCCCUGCGCCACUCGGGCCGGAAGGCCGCACGGGGCUCAUUCCACAACGGCUUGAGCCCCGAGCAUUCCGACGGGCCCCGCGGGGUGCCGGAGCCCGGCUGCCCGACGAGCCCUUUUUGCGCCGGUAGCAAGUUCAGCUUCAACGGGGAGUCCAACGGGGCUUUGGUGAGCCAGACUGCGGAGGAGCUCGGCUUCGAGUUCGGCAGCGCCAACAUCUGGGCUCCCCUAGCAAGCGGACCCCAGCAGCGCCGCGACAGCGGGGCCCUCAGUGUGGACGCGGCAACGCCAUGCCUGUCACCCACUCUGCCUUGCGACUCCGCCCCCCCGGAGCAGCCGCUGGCUCGUCGUGCUCAGAGCGACCCGCUCGGCACCCUCUCUUGGCUCCAGGCCGGCGGCGUGAGCACCUGCUUCUCCGCCGCCAGCAGCAGCAGCGGAGGCAGCACCACCGGCUAUUCCUCCUGCUCUGGCGGCUCUCCCACUGAUUCCGAAGGCGGGGUUACGGCCCCGGGGCCGCUGGGCCAAUCGAGGGGUCGAGCCGUGGUGGCGGGGGCCCCCGGCAGGCACUGCUGCGUGUGCUUUGAGAGUGAGGUGACAGCUGCCUUGGUGCCGUGUGGACACAACCUCUUCUGCAUGGACUGUGCUGGCCAGAUCUGCCAGUCCUCCAAUCCAGAGUGCCCAGAGUGUCAGUCUCCUGUCACGCAGUGCAUGCGCAUCUUCUCUUAGUGUCCAGCAGAGGGAGCUAUUCGGAAGUCUGUCCUAACCAAACGACUGCCGAACGCAAGCUUGUGAACAUGCUGUAGGAGGGACUCAAGACCAUUUUAGCAAUGACACUAAAACUGUUAUUAUACAAAUGAUACUAUUCUUCACCAUAAUAAUGUUAACAAUAAGCAAUGCUGCCUGAUGUGAGUGGUGGAUUAUUCUAUAGAAAGUUUCAAAAUUGAAUUUUUGGGUGCAAAUACCCAAUGUCUUAUUUUCUUCAGGCUUCGUGCUUAAGUAUUGCCAUUUUGCUGUCCUUCAUUUAGAUGAAUGUUUUUUUUUUUCUUGCUACAGAUCUCUGCAGGUAUUUCACCCAAAAAUUCAGUUAAGGAUUUUGUUACUUGGAGCUAUUUUUUCAAUUAUGCUGUGAAGGUCUGAUGCACUUCUUACAUGUUUUUUCUUUCAAGUUUUAUUUCCUAAGUGGAAAAUAAUCAAAUGUUUUGGUAAAAUAUUUUUUUAAAGAGUUCUAUCCUGUAUAAAUGUUUUACUUGAUGAUAUGUUGACCUGAACUAUGGGUAAUUUAGGAAAUAUUUGUACUGGUAAUGCAGGCACAGUAGAAGUUGAAAGUGCUUGUCGUCGGACAGUUAGUUUGAUGGCUGGUGUGUGUUGCUGGAUUCUCAGAACGACCUUUGGGUACAGCCAUAAUCUUGUCACUUUGUUGCAUUUGCGUACAGCGACAUUUAACAUGACAGCACAUUCGCACACGUCUGACCAAAACUUGUAUAUUUGAUUUUAAUAUAACUACACAGAAAACACAGUACCUGAUUUGUAGUAGGGUUCUCAUGUAAGUUGUGUCAAGCGAUCUGUCUAGCUGCCACGAGCGUAUCGGCUUUUUGCCGUCCGUUCUCGGAGCUUCCCUUUUCAUUUGGCGAGUUAAUGUCCUGGUUCCUUGCGGUAGCUUCCAGCUGCAGUGCUUUUCCGCAGUGAGUCGUUCCACUGCACUCUUUCCUCAUGACAUCCUGGAGGGCUGAGAGAAUCAGGCCACCUACCGAAUUCAUUUAGCUCGAUUAUUUUUUAUUUUUUUUUGUCAUUCGUUAACUUGCUUACAUCAUUGAGGAGAAACUUACUGCUUAUCAGUUCACUAACAAAUCAAUGUGCAGCCUUUUAAACUAAAAAUGAUAUAGAUUUUACGAAAUUCUUGCACAUUUAAGUGUGUGUUUCAUGCAGUGGGAUUCUCCCAGUGGUGUUGCUUUCGUCUUCAGGGGCACAACCGAUAACUCUUAGGUACUUGGCUAUAGGUUGGUUUUGUAUCAGUUUACAUGUAUUUUUGAAGAUCAUAGACAUUUGGAUUGAUGAUUUUUUUAUGCACUGCAAAGGGGUCUCAGAAGGUGACACACAAGAAACCUCACUUCUCUCUACGCUGAAAUUAAAAUCUGCCGACUGUACGGUUCACUGCUUUGCUUUGUUUUUUUUUAAUCUGGGUCACCCUGGAUCUUGGUUGCCCCUUGCCUCACAGUCCACAUUUUUAGCAAAAAACGUGGACUGUCGACAGGUCCCCGCGGACCAGAUUGGGGAAACACCGUUCUAGGGAAUCCACUUACACAGUCAAGUUUUUGCUUGGCCCAGUUUCUGCAGGGAAAGCUUGCGUGGGCAUCAGACAAGCCAUAACACCAUUGUAGCAAGGGCUAUCUUUCCCAGGGUGAUUCAUGUGUUCCUGCAGUUGCCAUUCAGUCAUUGUGGGACAAAAUAAUGAGGAUGACUAGCUAAACCGAAUGUGGCAGCUAGAUCAUGCAGGGCUUCCAGAAACCCAAAGCAUUACUAUCAACAGGUGUUAAUGUAUGAAUGUUUCUACAUAAAGUAGUUGCCCCAAAUGACUAGAACUUAGAAAUCUGUAUUUUUACUUGUAUCCUGAAUUGCAAGCAAAGUGAAUUGAUUAUUCAUUGUAAUUUUUUAAUUUGAAUGUUUUUUUUUCAUCCCAGGUUUUGAAUGGGUCUUUUGCGUAUAACUGUGUAUUGCAGGGGUUGGAAUUUUUCCCCCCACCGAGCUGACCUCUGUCAUUCACAGUGAGCAAAAUGUUAUCAGUAUGAUGGUUGUUUAUUCAAACAAAAUUAUUUUGAAUUAAUGUAUAGUAUUUCCUGGCAUCUCUGGUAAAAUGAAGACCCCACCUAAGUUUGGUACUUUAUGUAACCAGGCAUCUUGUCUGUCUUCAAAUUAGAAGCUUUGGCAGUAAGGGAUUAGAGUUUCAUCCUAAAGACGUAUGCCAUACAAAGGAUGGAUUUUACACAGAGAAUGUCAUUCGGAUUAUGAGCAUAUCCUGUAUUUCUCCAUAAUUGUGGUUCAGAUCCCCAAAACUGUCAUUUUGUGCAUCUUCAUUCCAGGGACCUACUCAAGUCAGCAAAUCAUGGUACUUUGUAAAUGCUCUUUUAUGACGCAAGGGAAGGUCUUCCAGAGUCUUACUGGAGGCAGUCUGUCUUGGUAUAUUUGGUCUGCUGUUUCCCAGGAAGUGGUGCGGGGGGGAGGGGUAAAAAGAGAGAUACACAUUGUUUAAAUGUGUUGUGUUUUUUGUCGCCAUUGAACUGGCUUUUGUGUGAUGCCUUACUUGGUGACCCAAGGUUUUGGCAGCUGUAAAGGAAUCUCUGACCUGGAGACAUAAAAUUGGCUUUGAAGAGUUUGUAGAGUAGGUCUUUAGGAAUGUGGCUGCCUUCUGUGAGACCGAGACUUUCGGUCCCAAACACUCUGAUUUACAUUUAUUUUAAGAAGAACCAAAGGUUUUUCUCAUUAGAAAAUGUCCAGGCUUAACUGAAUUUCCAGAUAAAUGUCCUGGGAUUUUAGUGGUGUAUUCAAGGGCAGUUGUAUUUUUAAAUAUUUGUUAUUUGUAAGUUAAAUUGCAUGCGUUUAUGCUGCAAGGCAGUAGCUAAUUUUCCUCACAAUUUUUAAUGUAAUUUACUUUUUAUGAUAUAAAUAUCCCAGAUUAUGUGACCAGUUAUAUUCAUUUCUUAGUUGAUGCCCAUGUAAACCUGUUGGCAAUUUGUAAAAUUGAAGAAAUUUUAAAACAAAUAUAUUUUAUUUUCCAAAUUUAUAAACGUUGUAACCUCAGAGCAGAACAAUUGUAUUAUUUUGGCUCUCUUGGUUUAAGAAAAAAAUUAUUUUUUAUGCCUUAAUAAAUUUUUUCCUUUUUUAAAAUCUAAAA